CGAGCCUCCCAGGGAAUCCGAGGGCCAUGUUUAAUCCUUUGGCAAGCAACCCUGUGAAUCAGAACGAAGCUGGAUGGGCAGCCCCUAGCGAGGAUAUUUUGGGAAAUACACAAGCCAGACCACGCGGCUUUACAUCGUCGUCCCAGCCUGGAUUCUCACCACAUCCUCCAUUGAGAAGCGCAGCGUCGAUCCCGGACUACGGACUUAUUCGGGGAGCAGACAGGACCAACUUGUCGGGGGCAUACCGACCCAACAGAGGAGAACCUAAUUGGUCUCACGCCGAGCAACAACCUCCCCUCCGUCAGCUUCGAGCCGAAGAGCCGCGAUCCAGCGUUCGAUCUGGAUGGACCAAUGCUUCCAGUUUCGUCGAGGCCAGUGGCACCGAACGCAGCAGUUUCGCAACUGGGCGCAGUUCGACCAGUGACGCCCAUGUCAGUUUGGUUUCAGCUGAGCGAACAGAUAGUCAGGGCAUUGCAAAUUAUGAUGGUCAGGGCCUAGAAGACGAAGGCGGUGAGGAAGAUGGCUAUGCAGGCCUUGACAUCAUUGACUCGUAUGAUGCUGCAGAUGUCAUUGAGUCGUACUUUGAUGACGAUGACGAGGAAGAGCAUAGACGGCAGACUCAGGAUCCAACCCAACAUAGACGGCAAGAUACUUCCUCAACUAGUUCCCCAGCUACAGAGGCCCGUCGCUCAUCAAGUGCGUCCCCGCAACAUGAACAGCGAGUCUCGAAUGCUGCCGAAUCACAUCCAGUCCAGCAUUUGCAUGAGCGACGCGAGACUCGUCCAAUAUCGUACAUCGACACCAAUUGGUAUCCGCCGCCGCAGCAAGGUUCUCCACAGGGGCGGCGUUCAGUUUCUCCUCUAGACACAGGAAAACAUACGGUCCAAGACUCGCGUUCCAUCCAGAAUGAGCAUUCCAGGCCUAACAGUGGCCAGGAAUCGUACAAUUGUCCAGAGCGACAGAGUAAGGGGGCUCCAUUUCUUCCUCCUCUUCAACUCAGUCCCACUACACUUUCGUACAGUCCUACGGGAUAUCAGAGCCCACAGCGGACCAAUCACAGCCCAACCGAGACCCGGAACUCAUGGCAGCACCUAAGCGGAGCAGGAAAAAUGCCCCAGAGUCCAACUGAGAUCACCAGUCAAGAGAGAAGACGGCCCAGUGAUGGAGGAGUUCCCCAGAGUUCCAAUAGUACUGUCAAUCCGUGGCGUCGUCCCAGCAGAGCAUCAGGACACCACAGUCCAGACUUACCCGCAUCAUCGCACAAGCAGCCGAGCGAUACACGUUCACUUCAUAGCCCUGUAGAUGUGUAUAAACCAGUAGCAUUGCGGCGGCCGAGUGAAACCGGAUCUGGAAACAACCCAGAGUUCCAAGGCCACCGUCGACAAAGCGAGACGGGAUCUAGGAACAGUCCUGAGCUCCAAGGAUAUCAUCGUACCAGUGAGACAGCCGGCCGCAAGAGUCCCGAGUUGCAAGAGGGCCGUCAUCCGAGUUCCGCCAAGUUCACGCCCAGUCCUUCAAACAGCCCAAUUGAGCUCGCACAUGUACCGGUAUGGCCUGUUCGUAGUGAGUCGAAACGAGAGACGAUUCGGAAUGAGCUGCUGGAAAUGCAGCGAUUGCCGAAACUUCCCCUUGCGAAAUCCAGAUUAUCCCGUCAGGACUGGGCUGAGAUCCAAACGUAUUCCAAGAAGUAUGCGACGAAGGACGCAUCCAAUCCAGGAAAUGAAAAUAGGGGGUCACAAGGGAAGCGGCCUGCUCUAGCCGUGCAGGUACCUGCCUCGAAGUCAUCUGAGCCGUUCCCAGUGGCUCCCGAUGACCACGUCCCCCGUCGUAACUCCGCUGACUUCAUGGACCGACGAAGCAAGAUGUUUGAUCUUGGCACCACCCUACCGCGCCCACCGCAAAAGUCCCAUACGUUUGGCCCUGAACGCCCUGGUGACAACCAGCGUAAUUUCCAGACCAGUGCUACGUCGAACCAAGCUUCUAUUAGGCCGAAUUCUCCCCUGACGGAAGCCUCACCUAUUUCACCUCCUUCACCUACGUCGCCCUUAGUGGUGAUGUCCAUAGAGGGUGUCCCGCGUGACCACUACGGCUUCAAGAAGCAGACCCAGCUCAUCGGUGUCAAGGAAUACGACGACUGGUAUGAGAGAUAUCAAGUCCAUGUCGGGCGUCGGCGACAGAAAUGGCAGGCUCUCAUGAAGAAGCAAGACAUUCUUCUCGACGCCGGUAUCCUCCCUGUCCGAUUUCCGGAACGUUGUGACAAGGUCAAGCGCUAUGCGAGGAAGGGAUAUCCGCCGGAGUGGAGGGGUAAUAUGUGGUGGUUUUACUCGACUGGACCGUAUGUGCUGAGCCAGAUGCCGGGACUAUACUCAAUGCUGCGCCUGCGACGAGACGAACUCAACGAAAUUGACCGCGAACUUAUCGAGCGCGAUCUCCACCGAACCUUCCCCGAUAACGACCGCUUUAAGCCAGAUCCCCAACCGACUCCUGAGAAUCCGACUGGCGAAUCUGACGAAGAACCUAAGAUGAUCAAAGAUUUGCGAGAGGUCCUCCAGUGCUUUGCACUCAAUAACCCGUCCAUCGGCUACUGCCAGAGCCUAAAUUUCAUUGCCGGGCUCCUGCUCUUGUUCCUUGACGGCGAUUGCGAGCGCGUAUUCGUUCUCCUCACGAUCAUAACCCAAUACCACCUCCCGGGCGCUCACGCUCGAUCCCUCACCAAUAUUGAAGUCAACGUCCUAAUGAUGCUAGUCAAAGACUACCUUCCGAAAGUCUGGACCUCCAUCAACGAUACCGACGCCAUAAAUCGGGGGCUUGGGGCGUCAUCCCACCCAGACAGCAAAUUCCAGCGCCUUCCGUCCGUCUCAAUCAGUUGCACCAGCUGGUUCAUGUCGCUGUUCGUCGGGGCUCUGCCUAUUGAGACUGUUCUCCGUGUAUGGGACGCAUUCCUCUAUGAGGGGCCCCGCGCUCUAUUUCGUUACGCCCUCGCCAUCUUCAAGCUUGGGGAGCCCAAACUCCGCGCAGUGUCCCCAGAUAGCCCAGAGCUGUUCCAAAUUGUGCAGAACCUGCCGCGGAGAUGUUUGGAUCCGAACGUCCUGCAUGAUUUGGCCUUCGUCAAGAAGGGCUUCGGCUCGUUGACGCAAAGCGUCAUCGAUGAGAAGCGUGCAUUCUGGCGCGCAGAGAACGCGAAACCGAUGUCCGGGCAUGCCAAAUUGGCAGGGGGGGAGGAGAAGAAGGGCGGUUUGAGAAGGAAGGCAAGUCGUCGGUUCCUAAGGAAGAAGGACUGAGUCGUGAGCCUUGCUUCCUCAGCCCCACCCUGUUUACCAUGAUCGGGCGUUGAGAUGGUGGAUGGGAGGUACUUUGGGGAUGAUUAGGGGCACGUCGAAAAGUUUUUUUUGUAUAUUAGAAAUGAAGAUACCCUGGCGUCGGCGGCCGAGAAGGCCUACGG